CGGCUGUCCACACAGUAGGAACAAAGCACACCCUUCCCGUACUCGUCGCCAAACGAUUCGACGGGACCAUUGAUCUGCGUAUGUACUAGCUUCUCUUUGCGAUGCAAGCUUCGAAGCGCGUCCGUUUCCCGGACGAUGAUCAGCAUGGUCCCUUGUCAAUACUGCUUUGCACGGUACCACACCGGGAAGAUUUUAGCAAGGAGGAGCAAGAGAACCUGUACUUUUCGAGAGGGGACUACCACAUGAGUAGAUCGGCCGCCAAGGUCGUUAGUAAAGAGAGUGAGCGACUCGGCUACAGCAAAACACUUCGUGCAGUGUUUCAGGAAAAGAGCAAGGAAGCGCAGGACUCUUUAAACCUGUGGGCGGCUAGCGGUCACAGCCGGAGAGGUCUGGAACGGUGGGCAAAUAAGGAACACGGGGAAAUUCGACAGCGGGAACAAUUUAACGCCGUAAUGGCGGUAUUGCGCGCGCAGGAUGACAUGCUGUGCAACAAAGGGCAGGUGAGCGGCGAGGCGUUACGGAAAGUAUCGUACAAAGCUACGAAAACGUCGCGACAUUUCGCACGGAUGAUGGGUAAGGCGGACUCGUAUGCAGUCGCUGCUACACUGAAGGGUUCCGACGACGGCUCGUUAGCCACCGCGAUCACAUUUCUGACCAUGCAAAGCGAAGAAGAUAAUGUCUCGAAACGAAGUCUUUCGUGGGACGAUCAGUCGGUGGAUGUGACAAUAACUGGUGGGGAUGAAUUGAAAGAUAGUUGUCACGGUGACCGACGCUCUGGAAGCCGUUUAAGGCGCUUUGGUUUUGGUCGAAAACAACGAGAGCCCAAAGUUCCUGCCACCGAGCCUCGCGUUUCGCGAGUCGCCUAGACUUCCCAAGAGGCUGGGCUGUUUUCCGACCGGAAUUUCCUUUCGUUCCGUUGUCUCUCUUGUAAAAUAUAGUUCACUAGCUUGCGUAACCUAUGUAGGUACGUCUGUAUUUAUCCAUUUUCCGGCAGGGAAACUGCCACCAAUAGAUGGUUGUUCGAGAUCAUUUUUUUCGUCUAGUAAACGUUGCCAAUUCUUCG